AUGGGAUCCAACGCGACUUCCACCGAGCAGCGAGGUGAAGAGAUUCUCCAUGUCUUCUCCAAAGCAUUUGGCGACCUCCUUGCUGCAGACCCGGCCGCCUUCCAGGUCAAGUUCAGGAAGAUGGCCGCCUCAGCGUUUGCCUUUUACCGCGGUACGGCAUGUCUCUUCUACCAUGACCUCGAGGCGCAGACGCAGAACGACGUUUUUCUGGAUGAGCAGUCCAGUCGCAUCUGGAUCCAUGGCGAUCUGCAUGCAGAGAACUUUGGCACCUAUAUGGACUCCCAUGGCCGACUGAUCUUCAACGUCAACGACUUUGACGAAGCCUACGUAGGCCCUUUCACCUGGGAUGUCAAACGGUUCGCGGCAUCGAUUGCCCUGAUCGGGUAUGCAAAAGCCCUCAGCGACCAGCAGAUCAGCCGGCUUGUGAGGACCUACGCCGUGGCGUACCGUGAGCGUAUCCUUACCCUCGCCGGCAACGACACCCAGGAGGUCCGACGGUUUACUCUCGAUACGGCUAAGGGUCCCCUGCUUGAUGCACUGCGCAAUGCCAGAAUGCAGACGCGGGUUGCCCUGCUAGACUCUCAGACAGAGAUUCACGACUACGAACGCCAGUUUACACUCGGCGGCGGCGCUAUCAAGCUCGAUGAUGUAACGAGAGACAAAGUAAUUGCCGCGUUUCACAAGUACCUGCAGACACUUCCGCACGUGAAACCGGAGUCGAGCGCCUACCGGGUCAAGGACGUUGUCGGCCGCCGUGGGGUGGGAAUCGGAUCAGCCGGUCUCCCCUCCUACAAUAUCCUCCUGGAGGGUAAGAGCGAGGCGAUCGAGAACGAUGUAAUCAUAUUCAUGAAGCAGUCCAUACCCGCUGCAGUAUCUGCGCACGUCUCCAACGCCGCCGCAGCAAAUUACUUUCUCCACGAAGGCCACCGGACCGUCAUCUCACAACGUGCCCUGCAGGCAUGCGCAGACCCAUGGCUCGGCUGGACGGAGAUUGACGGCGUGGGACAGCUCGUUGCAGAAGUCUCCCCGUAUGCUGUUGAUCUGGACUGGUCCGAAAUCAACGAAGUGACGGAGAUGGCUGCUGUAGUGGCUGAUCUUGGACGCGCGACGGCAAUGAUGCAUGCAGCAGGGGAUGACGAUAAGGUACACUCGGCGCUAGUACCGUUCUCGCCAGAGCAGGCCAUUGAUGCUGCCAUCACCGCUGCGGGUGGUGACGAGGUCUUUGCAAACGCUUUGGUGGAUUUUGCCCAUGAAUAUGGAGCUCAGGCCAGAAGCGAUCAUCAGAUCUUUGUAGACCUGUUUCGGAAUGGGCAAAUUCCGGGUUUGAAAGUCGACGAUGAGGAAUGA